AUUUUAAUUGGCUACUUGUAACGGCUGUGAUUGUGUUAAGAAACGGUUAAACCACCGGACAUUUGAUAUUAUUUUAUAACUUGACAAAUCAUCGAUACUUUUUCACAGAUUAAUCCGAAGAGUAGGCGUUUAAUUCCUGCUAGAUCACAAAUUGGUCAAUUAAUGAUAAAUUUUUAUUCUUUCUGUGUUUAUGUGUAAAUGAAUUUAGUUGAUAGAUGUUCGAGUAAUUGAGAGAAAAAAACAUUAAUUAAAGAUGUUACGAAAUGCUUUCAACUUGCUAUGUGCGACGAAUGGAACUCACGCAGUCUUCAAAAGAACUUUAAAUCUAGUUCCCAUUGUCGUUGAACAAACGGGACGUGGUGAACGAGCCUACGACAUUUAUUCCAGACUGCUUAAGGAACGGAUUAUCUGUCUCAUGGGACCGAUAACAGAUGAUGUCUCCUCGCUUGUUGUGGCACAGUUAUUGUUCCUGCAAUCGGAGAGUAGUAAAAAACCAAUUCAUAUGUACAUAAAUUCACCCGGAGGAAGCGUUACAGCAGGUUUAGGAAUUUACGAUACGAUGCAAUACGUACUGCCACCCGUAGCCACCUGGUGUGUUGGUCAAGCAUGUUCGAUGGCCAGCUUACUUUUGGCUGCUGGGUCCCAUGGGAUGCGACAUUCGUUACCUAAUGCUAGAAUAAUGAUUCACCAACCUUCCGGAGGUGUUCAGGGUCAGGCAACAGAUAUUCAAAUUCAAGCUGAAGAGAUCCUUAAACUCAAGAAGCAGAUAAAUAAACUCUAUGUUAAACAUACCGGACUUGAUCUGCUACGAAUAGAAAACAGCAUGGAAAGAGACAAGUUUAUGGCACCGAACGACGCGAAGGAAUUUGGGAUAAUAGACAAAGUGUUAGAACAUCCCUUACAAGAGAAGGAUGAUAACAAUUCUUCGCCCCAAUUGAUAGACAAAUCUGUUACUAGUGCCCCGACAACUUGAUUUCAAGCCGUGCAGAUUGGGUGUAAACAGCAGAGAUCAUUAUAAAAUGAUUUUAUUAAUAAUAUAAUAUUUAAUAAACAUACUUAUAAAACUGUGUCUGUUUAUUGUAGUCAAGCAGAGUACGGCAACGAUGUGCGUCGUUUUUUUUUUUUUUUCGUUGAUCCACCCAUUGAGUGUAGGGUUUUGAAAUACCCCAACUGAAAAUAUUUCUUAUUUUCUCAUUUGAUUAUCAUUAUUCCUAUGAAAAAUAUGAACAUACUCUGUGCACAGACGCUAAGCGACUUGUGAUCACAUAAAAUUUACUACCUAACGUUGAACGAUUUUUUAAAAAAGUAUAAAAUAUUAUCACGUAAUGUUUAGUAGUGAAACAAUGCUCAACAUAUAUAGAAAUUAGUGGCAAAUAUAUAUAUACAUAAAUAAACUUCAUAUAGUAUUAGAUUUUAGAUUAAAUGAUUGCAUCACUAGCAGUGUGGUGUCUGAAUUUUUUCGAUAAUUGGAAACAUUUUUUGGAAGCACUGCCAUAUAUCAGCGUAUUUUGAUUCAAUAUAGCUUCUUAACAAUUACUCACGAAUAUGUACUUAUUACUUGAUAAUACAAUUAUUAUUGCAUGGUCUAAGUCAAUACAGACAAUACGUAAUUAAAUAUUUGUCUGUCACGAUUAAGUGAUCAAAAAGUCAAACAAGUUAUGCUAAUCGAAUUUCUACAUCAAACAUAAACCACACAUUUUGCCAUACUAUUAGAUACAAUUUUUGACAUAAAAUAAUGUAAUACAGCGAUUUCAAAAA